CAUUACUGAAAUAUUACAAUUUUAAAGAAGUACUUUUAUAAUUAUGAAACCUUCCAUAUAAGGAACUGGUGAUGAAUCAUUUCAUUGCCUUGCACUGCCUCUUGAAUUAUAAUUAAACAUAAGAUAGUAGAUCUUAACUGCAGAAAAUGAGAUUGCCAAAAACAAUCACUUUAUUUUAUAAAUAUCUGGAGUUCAGACUCGAAGCUUCAGACUAUCAGUUAGCUAUGUUCGUAUCUUCUUAUAUGUGCCCUGCAUUCUACCUGCUCAGAAAUGAUAUCUUACCCAUCACCGAAGUCAUCACAUCCGCACCGUUUAACGCUUCUUAUCCAACUGACAUGCGACACUCGCUGUGACGAAAGCUACAGGUCCCAAGGAAUGCGAGAAAGCUUUCGGGCUAUGCAUUCGACUGAAAUAUGAUUCAGCCAUCGUCAACAGAGGCCGGCAGAGCGAUAACUCUCAUUGUUUUGUCCAGUUUCUCGCCUCACGCCCUGCCCUUAGGUUGUGUUCCUUCGCGCUUAAGCUAUAACCAUGAUGUACUCCAAGGCUGAAGUAGUCCAGGCAGCAAACAUGUCGCUCAGUGCAAUGCAUUGCACGCGAUGCGCCGAUGGAUUCGAACCCACCGAGAAGAUCGUCAACUCCAAUGGAGAACUCUGGCACACACAGUGCUUUGUAUGUGCCCAGUGCUUCCGACCCUUCCAGGAUGGCAUAUUCUACGAGUUCGAGGGCCGCAAGUACUGCGAACGCGACUUCCAGGUGCUUUUCGCACCCUGCUGCAACAAGUGCGGCGAGUUCGUCAUCGGACGGGUCAUCAAGGCCAUGUCCGCCAGUUGGCAUCCGCAGUGCUUCCGCUGCCAGUUGUGCGCCAAGGAGCUGGCCGACUGCGGGUUCAUCAAGAACCAGAACCGCGCUCUGUGCCACGAGUGCAAUGCCAAGGUGAAGGCAGAGAUCACCGGCCGCUAUGUAUGCCAAAAAUGCCAUGGGCUCAUCGACGAGGAGCCUUUGAGAUUCCGAGGCGAAGUGUACCACGGCUAUCACUUCAGUUGCACGGCCUGCGGCACCGAACUGGACUCCACGGCUCGAGAGGUCAAGAGCCGACCAGGAUUAGCAGCAAACGAUAUGAAUGAACUGUAUUGUCUGCGCUGCCAUGAUAAAAUGGGCAUUCCCAUUUGUGGCGCCUGUCGCCGGCCGAUUGAGGAGCGAGUGGUCACGGCGCUGGGGAAGCACUGGCAUGUGGAGCACUUCGUGUGCGCCAAGUGCGAGAAGCCCUUCCUGGGCCACCGGCACUACGAGAAGCGAGGAUUGGCCUACUGCGAGACGCACUAUCACCAGCUCUUUGGCAACCUGUGCUUCGUUUGCAACCAGGUCAUUGGAGGCGAUGUUUUUACUGCCCUGAACAAGGCCUGGUGCGUGCACCACUUUGCGUGCUCCGUGUGCGACACAAAGAUGACACAGAAGUCCAAGUUCUACGAGUACGACGAGAAGCCGGUUUGCAAAAAGUGCUAUGAGCGAUUCCCCAACGAGCUGCGGCGUCGCCUGCGCACCGCCCACGAGCUGACAAUGAAAAAGAACGUCUAAACGUCUGAAACCGUGCCUUGAAUCCACACCAAACCGUGCCUAUGUUGUAGAACCGCUUUCUCAACCAUUUUUAACAUUCGAGAAACUAAAAACGAACUAAAACCUUU